CCGUUCUCCCACUCCACCAAAACCCUAGCCGCCGUACCCCAGCGCCCGCCCGCUCCCUCUCCCCCCACCGUCACGGCCGCCUAGAUCCCCCCGGAUCCCGGGCGCGCCCUAGGGCUUCAGGGCCCCGCGUCGCCCGCGCCCGCAUCUGACUCGGUGGUGGUGUUCGCACAGGCGCCAUGCCUCGUAGCACGCGCCACAGGUCGCACCGGUCCCACAGGAGGGGAGGCUCCGCGGACCGGUCGGAGUCCGAGGGCGAGGAAUCGGCUUCAGCCUCCGGCGCGCGGGAGGAGGCCGCGGCGGUGGCUAGGGUUUCCCGAGAUCCCGAGCCCGAGAGGCGCCGCUCGUCCUCGGGGAAGGAGGCCGUGAGAUCGGGGAACGGGUACGUGGAGCACGGGAAGAAGAGGAAGGAGAGGGUUGAGGAGGCCGUGGUGGAUGUGGUCAGCGACAGGUGGAACAGCGGCGUUUGCGACGAUCACCUGGUGGACAAGAGGUCUAAGAGCGAGACUUUUGGGCAUGCUGAUGCGGAGAAACUGCCUGACAAGUCCAGGGGAUCAGGGGAUGAGUCCAAGAGGUCAAGCAGACGGGCAGUGGUUGUAGAUGAUAGAGCGGAGGAGGUUGCGUCGAAGAGCGACUCCGGGAAGAGGCGGUCAGAGAAGGAGAAGGAUUUGGGGAGGAGGGAGAGUACUGGGCAUUAUAAGGAUGACAGGGAUAGGGAGAGGGAUAGGGAAAGGGAGAGGGACAAAGAAUGGGAGCGACAGAAGGAGCGGGACAGGGAACGGAGUAGAGACAGAGAGCGCGAGAAGGAAAGAGAGAGGGAGAAGGAGAGGGAGAGAGAACGGGAGCGGGAGAAAGAUAGAGAUCGUGAACGGGACAGGGAACGGGAGAGAGAGUGGGAGCGGGAGAGGCAAAAGGAGCGGGAGCGGGACAGGAAAGACUAUGAUUCCAAACAUGAGAGGUAUGAGGAUGGGGGUAGCAGGAAGAGUGGCUCAAAGACAAGUAGGGCAGAAGAGGAGGCCUACUCAUAUAGGAGAGACGCCGAGGUCAAUGAAAUUUCAGCAAAAGAGAAGUACAAUAAUCCUGAGAUGCAGCCUGAUAAACAUAGCCGAAGGAAAGAUGACUCUGAAGAUACAGAUAAGUGGCCUGCUGAUAAUAGAGACAGUGAUGACAGAAAGGUGUCCAGAUAUGAACAUGGUAAAUCUAGGAGUUCUAAAGAACAAAGGUUUGAUGAUGACAAGUAUAAGGAAAAGUACAAGGAUGAUUCUGGAAGGGAUAAAAGACAACAAGAUGACAAGUUUCUUGAUGAGCGCGUGACUCGUCAUGAUGGUGAUAGAAGUGAUUAUAAGAGUGCUAAAGAUGGGCACAGAAGCUCAGAGAGCCAUUAUAGAAAGGAUGCAGUUCAAGAUGGUGAUCAUUAUGAGGAUUAUGGCAAUAGGUACAAGGAAAGUAGAGGGAAAAAACGACCUCCUGAGGACGACGAAGACCAAUAUGAUUUAAAGCCUCCAAGCACACGUGAUCAACGUGUCAAUUUGGAAAAAUCUUCAGGCAGUGGGCGCUUGGAUUCUCUGAUUGAGAGAGCAAGACCUGAUCGUAGUUCUAGUCCAAGUAAAAUCCAUUCAAGAAGUUCACCUAACCCAAGUUCUUAUCAUGACAAAGAUCAAAGCAGGCAUGGAUCUAAAGUAAUAGAUCAUGGAAAGAGAGAAUUACAGCAUGAUGAGAGAAAUAGUCGUCAGAGAACGUCUUCUGCGAGAGAAAGGACACCUGCUUCUAGACUUCGUGACAGGGAUGCAGAAAAUUGGUCUUCUGAAAGGCUCAAACAGAAGGAGGAUCACCAACCUCGUGAUGUACCAUUGGAAAUUUCUACAUCAUCCCAGUAUGAUCGCACACCUAGGAAAGAUAAACACAGUUCACCAAAACAGUUAUCUGAAAAAUCUCCAUCUUCAGGCGACCAAAGGUUUUCAGGUCGCCUUAGUGGUGGGCGUAGUCUUGAUACUAAAGGAGAAAGAAACAACCUUACAAAAUACAGAGAUCGUGAUGGUGAUCAGUCCCAAGAACGAUCACAUCAUCAAGAUAGAACACCAGUUAAAGUUCCGUUCAGAGAGCCAACACCUUCUGGUUCAUCCAUAAUUAGAGGUGGUCAUUUUUCAGGCACUUCACCAAAUCAUCCUCUGCCACCCUCUGUCAGGCACAGAAAUGAUGACCCCUUCUUGGGUUCACAUGACGAUGACCGUAGGCCUCAAAGCGGAGAUCGGAGGUUCCAUGGCCAUCAAAAGAGGAAUGAUAUGAAUUCUGUACGUGGACAUGGACAUGCCUGGAACAAUCAGCCAAACUGGCCUUCUCCAGUGUCAAACGGUUACGUCCCCAUGCAACAUGGUGCUCCUGGAUUUCACCCACCUGUUCAUCAGUUUCCAGGCCCUCCUAUGUUUAACCUUAGGCCUCAAAUGAAGUUGAACCAACCAGGAGUUUCAUAUCCCAUGCAUGAUGCUGUUGACAGGUUCUCAACCCACAUGCGCCCAUUUGGAUGGCCUAAUCCUCUGGAUGAAUCGUGCCCACCUCACAUGCAAGUUUGGAGUGGAGGCAGUGGUGUGUUUCCAGGGGAACCAUAUCUGUACGGUAGGCAAGAGUGGGAUCAGAAUAGACCUCAUGCUGGCAGCAGAGGGUGGGAGCUGACUGGUGAUGUAUCUAAGGGACUAAAUGAAGUGCCUGAUGCUGAACUUCCAGUUGCUAGGAAAGAGCCUGACUCUGCAGCCACUGCUAUUUCUGAGUCUUCUAGUGGAUACAACCUUCAACCUCAGGUUGAGCAAAAGGAAAUUGAACACAUGGGUUCUGAAAACUUUGAAGCAAAAGGUGAUUCUAGGAGUGCUUCAAAAAGUUUGGAAGCUCCUCAAGGAGCACAACUUCUGACUUCUAUGCUUUCAAAGAACGGUGCAGUCUUUUGUAAAAGCUAUCUAUCCAGAAUUAGUGUGUCACAUGAUCUAGUUGAGUCUGAGUUGUACAAAAGGUGCAUAUCCUUGUUGGGAGACUUAGGCAUAGCAAAAGCCCCUGUUAGGAAUGAACUUGCUCAGCAGGAUGGUGGAAAUGCUGGAAAGAUAACGAAAAAAUAUGGAAGCACAAAUUCUUUCAGUUCACUUUACCUUAAGAGUAACAGCACUAUCUUUCAGAGAGCUUUGGCCCUUCACAAGAACCAGACUGGCAAGGGUUUAAUUCCUACCUUUGCAUCUGUAAAAAUGGAAGAGAAGAUGGACAUACGAGAAGAUGGUCAUGACAUGGAAAUGCUUGACUGCAACCCGAAGGAAUCAGCGGUGAGCAACCCUGCUUUGCAACAUCACACUGAUGCCAUGGAGAAAGGGUCACCGUCAAAACAGGAACCUGGCAAUACGGUAGGGGUGGCUACUGCAGCAGCUACAGAAUCUUUCGGUGUUGAGGCAUCUCCAGCAAUCACACCACCUGACGAAGAGGUGGAGUUGGUGGUGGCACCUCCAGCAACCACAGUGUCUGACAAGGAAAUGACAGAUGUGGUACCUUCAGCAAAUGAAGUACCAGCUGAUGGCCUGGAGGACGGUGAACCUCAGACAAAUCUAGAACACGUUGCUGACUUACCGAAAGAUUCAGCUGCUGAUGGCCUGGAGGAUGUUGCACCUUCAAGUGAUAAUGUGGAGGUUAUACCCCUUGCUAUGACAGAACCAGGUGAUAACGUGGAGGUUAUACCCCCUGCUAUGACAGAACCGAGCCUAAGCAAGGUGGUUGCUCCUGCUGUUGCUAGCCCCCCUGAUGGUCAAGAGAGACCCUCUAUGCAUACAGAUGCGGAGGCAGUUAUUGAGGAUGAGAUUGAUAAAGUUAUUGAUGAUAAUCCUGGGGAUGGUGAGGUGAGCUCUAUCCUUGCCACCAAGCUUGAUGUCGCUGCAAGCGAUCAUCAGGAUUCUGGAGAUUUGUUGGUGGAAAGUAGGGUAAAUUUAACUCGGAUACCUAAUUCCCCAGAAAGUACACAUUGAACUCCUUUUUAUUCCAUUUUAAUUCUUUUUUGUUUGGGGUCUUGCCCUCAGCUGAGCCUUUUGAGAUGCGUUAUUUUCUUUACAUCUGAGCGUUCUCCUUUAGUGUAAUGUUCGCAGUGUACUAGGUAUGGUUAUGGGAACUUGUAUGUGCCUGUAGAAUGCAGGACCUGCUGUGGUGGCACGCCUCUCAAACAUCCCGUGCCCAUCCAGCUGCAUUCCUUGUUUUCUGCUUGCACGAACUAGUGCCCCCAUAGGCAUGAAUAUCUCACUGCAGCUUUUGCUAGGUGUAGAUAGAAAAGAAAAGAGGGUUCCGAAACAGUGCACUAGUGUUUCGUCCAUCUGUGAGCUCAUUUAGAUACCUCAUUGCCCCCUUAGAACGCAAACGGCAGCCCAUUCGGAACUUGUUCUAAAUAUAUGUGGUUAAAUUC